UAAGAUUCCCGCGAAUCGGUUAAACGAUCUGCUCGUAGGGUUUUCGGAAGCAGCUGCAACACAGAAGAGCUUUCUCUUCUCGAUCAGCUUCGAACGAUGGGAAGGGGAAAGUUCAAGGGCAAGCCCACGGGCCGCAGAAAUUUCUCCACCCCCGAAGAGAUGCUUGCUGGCACCUCUACUCGGCCCCGCACUUUUAAACAGCAUCAGGAAGAAGCUAAAGACAAAGAAGAAGAGGAAUACGAAGAAGAGUCUGAAGAAGAAUCUGAAGAAGAAACCGAGAAAAAGAAAGGCACGCAGGGUGUUAUUGAGAUUGAAAAUCCUAAUUUGGUAAAACCAAAGAAUUUGAAAGCGAGAGACGUUGAUCUUGAGAAGACCACUGAGCUCUCAAGGCGUGAAAGAGAGGAGAUAGAGAAACAAAAAGCUCAUGAGAGAUACAUGAGACUGCAGGAACAAGGAAAAACAGAACAAGCAAGAAAAGAUCUAGAGCGCCUAUCCAUGAUACGACAGCAAAGAGCUGAAGCGGCAAAGAAACGAGAAGAAGAGAAAGCUGCCAAAGAGCAGAAGAAGGCCGAAGCCCGCAAAUGAUGCAGACAGCAAAAGAAAAUGCAUCAUGUUCUCUCAUUUAGUAGUAAAAGAAAGAUAUGUUUUAUGGAUUUCAUGUCAUCAGCUACAAACGGAUUAUUAUUUUAGAUGUGCGUUGUAUUUGUUUUUACUUCUAUUACUUAUUCUGUUAACUCUUGGGAAGGGAAUGAAAAGUUUUAGUUUAGCAUUGAGCAGA